UUUUAUUUUGAUAGAGAAAGGACUGUGUAAAAGGACAGCAUUAAAAUUACUGAGUAGGCUACAUUUCGUUUCAGUUCAGUGAGUGAGUCGCGAAGCAACUGUAAGGGUGUUUCUCCAGCUCUUCCUCUCUGUUUAAUAUGGCGUCAGAUGGCAAGAAAAAGGGAAUACUGGAUCGCUUGGAUGCAGGUGAAGUUGUCAUUGGAGAUGGAGGAUAUGUUAUGGCAUUGGAGAGGAGAGGCUAUGUCACGGCCGGGCACUGGACGCCAGAAGCCGCAGUUGAACACCCAGAGGCAGUUCGGCAGCUGCACAGGGAAUUCCUGAGGGCGGGCGCCGAUGUCAUGCAGACUUUUACAUUCUACUGCAGCGAUGACAAGCUGGAAAUCAGCGGCAGAGUGCUGAACAUCACUGGGCGACAGAUAAACGAGGCGGCCUGUGACCUCGCCAGGGAAGUGGCCAAUGAGGGAGGCGCCUUAGUGGCGGGCGGAGUCUCCCAGACCCCCUGCUACGUCGAUUCAACCAGUGAAAGUAAAGUGAAGGAAAUCUUCAAGAAACAGCUGGAUGUUUUCAUUGAGAAGAACGUUGACUUUUUAAUUGCUGAAUUCUUCCAGCACGUGGAGGAGGCAGAGUGGGCCGUCCAAGUUCUGAAGACCAGCGGGAAGCCAGUUGGGGCCACAUUAUGCAUUGCACCAAUGGGAGACAACAAUGGAGUCAGCCCAGGGGACUGCGCUGUCAGAUUAGUCAAGGCUGGUGCCAAGAUCGUUGGGGUCAACUGUCACUUGGACCCCGUGUGUGGCGUGAAGACUGUGAAGCUGAUGAAAGAAGGUCUGGAGGCUGCUGGUCUGAAGGCCCACCUGAUGCUGCAGCCCCUGGGGUUCCACACUCCGGAGUGCAAUCAUGGAGGGUAUCUCACCCUCCCAGAAUUCCCCUUCGCAUUGGAAGCAAGAGCCAUCACUCGAUGGGACAUGCAUAAGUAUGCCAGGGAAGCGUAUAACGCUGGCAUCCGCUAUAUCGGUGGGUGCUGUGGGUUUGAGCCCUACCACAUCCGUGCUUUGUCUGAGGAGCUGGCACCAGAGAGAGGCUUCCUACCCCCGGCAUCAGAGAAGCAUGGGCUGUGGGGUAGUACCCUGGCCACGCACGCCCAGCCCUGGAUGAGAGCAAAGGCUAAUCGGGAAUACUGGGAGAACCUGCUACCAGCAUCAGGACGGCCAAAGUGUCCAUCCAUGGCAACUCCCCACAAAUGAUUUUUUUUUAAAAACUUCAUUUUAAUUGAUUAUGUUGGUUCCCUUUCUGAAGCCCUGCUGUUCUUAUCGAUCUAACUUAUUAAUUGGUUUUUUGCCCAGAUAUACAUUUUAGCAAAAGAUGUGCAUUUAUAAACUACCAAUCUGUAUGACAGAACACCAGAUUGUUUUAAUGUGAUUAUGUACCAGCUGUGGUUUUUACAUGAUAUUGAUUUAAAAAAAAAUAAAAUGCAAGAUACAAUAUUGUUAGUGCAAACAAACAGAAAAAAUAAAUCACAUUAACAGUUCAGUUAUUAGUCCAGUGUUAUUUUAUGUUCAGUGAAAAAGGGCUACAUGUGACCAUUCUAACAUUGUUUAAUGUUCAUUUACUGUUUUGACACUCAUGUAAUUUGUUGUAGAAUGUGGCUAAAAUGGUAAAAAUCAUGGCUAAAGUAUGCCACCUAGUGGCCAAAAUGGCAGCAGAAGAAGGAUUUAUUCGGUUCCUGCCACUGCUGACAAAUGCCAAAAAACAUGCCUCUUAAUUGUAAAAUGCAGGAACUAAAUGUAACUUUACUGCCUUUAACAACCAUUCUGUAUGUUAAGUUUGUUCCUUGUGUAUGUCUUGGAAAAUGGGCAUCGCAUGUAUUUGAAGUUUUACUUAACAAUUUCUUGAUCAUCGAUAAUUGUUCCUAAUCCACAAUUUUUUCAUAAAUCUGCCAAACACAUGCUAUGUUAGUAUUUCCAUAGUAACAACUAACAAACAGGAACAAAUAAAAAUAAUGAUCAUAAUUAUUCUUAAA